CUGUCGUCUUCCUCCUUCCCUGUGCUGAAUCUCCACCUGUCUCCCAUUCUGUGACGAUGGUUCAAUGGAGAAGACUCUGCUGGCAACAUUACUUGUGGGCUCUGGGCUGUUACAUGCUGCUGGCCAUUGUGGCUCUGAAACUUUCUCUCAGGUUGAAGUGUGACUCUGACCACUUGGGUCUGGAGUCCAGGGAAUUUCAAAACCGGUACUGUCGGAAUAUCUUGUACAAUUCCCUGAAGCUGCCAGCAAACAGGUCUAUCGACUGUUCAGGGGUUACCCGAGGAGACCAAGAAGCGGUGUUGCAGGCUAUUCUGAGUAACCUGGAGGUCAAGAAGAAGCGAGAGCCUUUCACAGACACCCACUACCUCUCGCUCACCAGAGACUGUGAGCGCUUUAAGGCUGAAAGGAAGUUCAUACAGUUCCCACUGAGCAAAGAAGAGGUGGAGUUCCCUAUUGCAUACUCCAUGGUGAUUCAUGAGAAGAUUGAAAACUUUGAAAGGCUCCUGCGAGCGGUGUAUGCCCCUCAGAACGUAUACUGCAUCCACGUGGAUGAGAAGUCCCCAGAAACUUUCAAAAAGGCAGUCAAAGCAAUUACCUCGUGCUUCCCAAACGUCUUCAUAGCCAGUAAGCUAGUUCGGGUGGUUUAUGCCUCCUGGUCCAGGGUGCAAGCUGACCUCAACUGCAUGGAAGACUUGCUCCAGAGCUCAGUGCCAUGGAAAUACUUCCUGAAUACAUGUGGGACGGACUUUCCUCUAAAGAGCAAUGCAGAGAUGGUCCAGGCUCUCAAGAUGUUGAAUGGGAGGAAUAGUAUGGAGUCAGAGGUACCUACUGAGUUCAAAGAAAACCGCUGGAAAUAUCACUUUGAGGUAGUGAGAGACCAGUUACACCUAACCAGAAAGAAGGAGGAUCCUCCCCCUUUUAAUGUAACUAUGUUCACAGGGAAUGCAUAUAUUGUGGCUUCUCGAGCUUUUGUCCAACAUGUUUUGAAGAAUCCUAAAUCCCAACAACUGAUUGAAUGGGUAAAAGACACCUACAGCCCUGACGAACACCUCUGGGCCACCCUUCAGCGUGCAUGGUGGAUGCCUGGCUCUGUUCCCCACCACCGCAAGUAUGACAUCUCAGACAUGACUUCUAUUGCCAGGCUGGUCAAGUGGCAGGGUCAUGAGGGAGACAUCAGUAAGGGUGCCCCUUAUGGCCCUUGCUCUGGAAUCCACCAGCGGGCUAUCUGUGUGUAUGGGGCUGGGGACGUGCAUUGGAUGCUUCAAAACCCUCACCUGUUGGCCAACAAGUUUGACCCAAAGGUAGAUGACAGUGCUCUUCAGUGCUUGGAAGAGUACCUACGUUACAAGGCCUUCUAUGGGACUGCACUUUGAGACGCACUAUGAGAGCACUGCUACCUGUGGGGCAAGAGCAUGUGUGAACAUGCUCAGAACUUGCUGGGACAGUGCGGGUGGGAGGCCAGGGCUUUUCAAUCCGUGGCAUCCCCUAGGAUAAGGGGGCUGCUAUCAGAGUGUGGGUAAGUAGAUCUGUUGCCUUGUCAAUUGCUGCCUGGGUGAAUGCUGCUGCUUCUCCCACCCCUAACUCUAGUGGUUCCUCCAUUGUCCUUUCCGAGUGAGAAUGAGAGCUGCUGUGAUUUGGGAGAGUGAAGGAGGGAUGUGUGACAGAUGACUUGAUUUCAGUUGAAUGCCUGGCGGUAGCUUUUCCCUUCUGUGGAGCUGCUGUUCCUCAUAAUUCUAGGUUUGGUAGCAUGGAGAAAUUUGAUGGAAACAGAGCCUUCCCUUUUGUACUGUUAACUUAAAAAUAAAUAGAUCCUGAUUCAAAGUCUUA